CAAUAUGGCGGCGACGUUGACGUACGGCGCAGCGCUCGAUGAGGCGUCUACUAUACAUGUCUAUGGCUAGGACUUAAAUUUAUUUGUAGAAAAGCGCUUUAUGAACGUAAGUACAUUUACUUGUAAUAAUUUACAGCGCAGCCUUACCACAUCCAAUAUGGCGGCGACGUUGCCGUGUCGCAGCAGUGGGCAAACCAACACGAUCCGGCGUCUACGUAUAUAUGUCCAUGACUUUUUCUUCGUAUGCCGAAAUGUUUAAAGUUAUUUAUUGUACUUUUAUACAGACUCAAACGUGUUCCCAAUUUCGGAUAUUCUUAGUUGGGUUAGUAAUCAAUCGACGAGCGACUGAUCCUCUCCCAGCAGCCUGAUGGAGCCUGAGCGCGCACUCGCGUCGUCUCGGUGGCGCGCCUCCUGGUGCACAUGGAGCUUAUUGAGGAGACGAGCGGAGGAUGAUGCUGAAGAUGACUGAGAAGCGUGUGGAGGGUUGCACAAGGCGACAAUCAAUAAAGCAAUCAAUCAAUUGACUUAGCACAAUCAGCCUUUGCCAGCGGGAUGCAGCUUGUGGACGGGCAGACGGACACGCGCGCAGGUGGUCCAGGGCGCUGUCCUCUUCAAGCAGAGCGGACCAGCUGAGUGUUGGAGGCAGACGGAAGGAACGUUCUGGAUGAUCUGCACACAGGAAGUGGAACUCUCCUCAGGUGUGAACACAACUGGACAAACUGUAAGCAAUCUAGGAAUGUUUACAUCUCCACUUCCUGAAACGUUCCAGAUGGUCAUUGAAUGGCUGCAGGGGUCACCUGUUCCCUCUAAAUGUGUCAACCUACAAGGUGAGAGAUUUAAUCAGUGAGGACAGAGGAACGCGAAGUCACAUGGGAGAGGCUAGCCAUGGAGGUCAAAGGUGAACUCAUCCCAGCACCUGGUGAGACACAACCUAUGUGCGUGUGUGCACGCUUGUGUAGUAGUGAUGUGUGCAUGUGUUUUGUAGCUGUGGUCACAUGCUGGGACAGGAAGCAGAGGGAGCGCAUGGUGGAACUACAGGAGCGGAGGCGGAGCCUGCAGGCAAUGCUCAGUGUGCGAUUGGCUGAGCUGAGGCGCAUGUGUCUGCAGGAGGCGGAGCUGACAGGCACGCUGCCCGCUGACUUCCCCCUGGCGACGGGGGAGAAACCCCCAUGUGUGCGGCGCAGGGGUGGGGCCUCACGUCAGACAAACAGGAAGUGCAGGGUAGAGGAAGAAGACGGUCAGCGUGUGAGACCUAAAAAAACUUUAUUCAGUGGCGCGCUGAGGAAACACAAUGACCGUGAACACAACACACAGACACAACACGGCAAGACGACCGUGCACAGAGGCUGCCACACUGAUGACACAGUGAGGUCAGAGAGUAGUUCCACAUCUGAAUCUACUGGACACGACAAUGAUGAGUUUGUGGCUCAGAGUCGCCCCCUGUUGGUGGCUGCUGGUUCUCCGGUGGAGCUGUUCUACCCUAGCAAACCCAGGAGGAGUUCGUUGUGUAACAGGCCUGAGCAUCCUGAGGUUCUUCAGAGCCACAGGCCCCUCCUUCUCCAGCCCCCUGCUCCUACUCGCUCCCAUGACAGCUCGCCAUCCUCCCGCCCAUCUGAGGGGGCGGCCUUGGGAGAGGUCAAGGAGGCCCGUCGCAGUAACAGCUCAGACGGGUUCCUAGACCGGGGGGCCUCUCCUGAGGAGGAGGGGGCAGUGCCAGGACUGCAGGGGGCGUUGCGAUCCAGAGGAACAAACGCCCCCCCAGCGGCCAACAAGAGCUUGGAGGGGGGAUGGAGGGCAAGCGGUGCGGAGCGAGGGCGGGGCUACAGUGACCUUCUGCUGGAUUAUGUGUUGACCAAACAGCGACAGCAUUCUCAGCCGAUCACAUUGCACCAGCCACCACAGUACAACGGCCACGGGGCCCAGCCUCCCCCAGGAGCCCCGCCCACUUACCAUAUCCACAUGGGAGAGCAGCGGCGUGUUAAAGUCACCCGCACCAAAUCCUGCGGCCCCUUCCUGCCUGUGUCACAAGCCGAUGGCCACAUUCAGCCUGACCCCCACCCUCACCUGCUGCCCCCUCAGCCCUCUCAGAUGGGCCCCACCCAGGAUGCACACCUGGAGGAUGCAACCAGGAGCCUUCACAAGGCCCUGGCCUUGGAAGGUCUUAGGGACUGGUACCUGAGGAACACCAUAGGCUCCUCCCACUCUAGUCAGGCGAAUGGGAAGGUCAAAGGUCAGGCUGGAGGAGCUCUUCAGCGCAGACGGACGACUCACGGCGUCCUCCCGCAGCCUACCUAUCAGACGGAGGCGGGGCCUCGGCCUGUGCCACACUGCAAGCAGGGGGCGCUGCCCCAUUCUGUCACCUUCCACGGACACCCGCUGCAUGCCAGGUCUGUGGACAGCUCGCUUUAUCUUGACUCCGCCCUUCCCCACAAACAGGAAGUCUCUUCUCUCAGAGAAGCACCUGUGGAACCAACAUCACCAGGAACUCUGGUCUGACUCAUCGAGAUGCUGAGAGAUCAAAAUGGCCAACGCCACUUCAGGAAGUGGGUGGUGGCUCUGAGCCUUUGUACGCCGCCGCCUCAGGGACCGCAACCUUUCACGUUUAGUGACCAUGUCCAAAGACUCCGCCCACCAGCCCAAAGUUUCUUCCAGUUGCAGAAGAAAAAGCAAUAAUGACAAGUUGUUUCUUUGUCAUUCAGGUUCAACCUGAAGCACAUCUGCUUGUAAACAUGGUGGCCAUGUUGGCUUUGAUGUUUUCUACAACACUUUGAAACAAUCAGGACACCUGAUGACAUCAUCAGAUGAUAUCACUGACUCAGGCCAGUACCUUCAGGUCUGGGCGUGUUCUUCAUAGGUGACAGCCAACAGAAUGAGAGGAACAAUCUUUUUAUUUAUUUGAACAAUCAGCUGAUGUGACAAUCACAUGAUGGUGAUCAAUUUGGUUAUUGAUUAAGGAUGACUAUUUAAAUAACGCUGUGGUCACAUGACACGUCCCUCAUGUCAUCAGAUUUUGUUAUUGCAAACAUUGUUUAGAACAUAGCUAAAUCCCACCCACCUGUAACGAUCAGAUGAUUGGCUGCUGAGGACUGACUGAUUUUAUAACUUGUGAGGAUAUCACUGACAGCGGCAGUCAUGUGACCACAGUAUGCAUAGGUGAAUAUUUAAAUAAACCAGCUGUCCUAAUGGACCAACCAGGAUUGUCUGCCAUUGGGACGUCAUGGCUGUUGCUGCUGUGAUGCGUUCAGGUGCACUGCUCUGUACAGUUCAUGUAAUUUUGAAAAACUGCACAUGUUCUGUUUCAAAAAAAUCUUUUCUAACUUUUUGGACUCAUUUGUACUUUUUCACACAACACAUUUUACGUAAAUUAAUGACAGCGUGUUUGUUGCAAAUAAACGUUUGACGCCUUUCCU